UUCGUCUGCUAAUGCCCAAUAGGAGUCGAUAGUCCGUGCGUUAUAACCUUUCCCUCAUAGUGAAAGGGAUCUGACAUCGUCCAUAUCCCGAGACUUUCAUUAAAUCACCUCCCUUAAACGCUCCCUAGACUAGCUCCAUGCUCGAACUUUAUAACAAGUAGUUGCCGUUCGUCAAAACAAAAGACAGACAUCUGUGCUCAUAGUCUAGAGGUCAAUUGGAGAUUCUGAAUGAUAUUCUCAGUAUGAUUAGCCUAGUGGAUAAUUGGAGAUCUGCCAACGCCAUUGAGCGUUGAUGAAUAAAAGAUUGAGGGUUCGUGACACAAACAUGGGUCUCCCGCAGUAAAAUCUAGUGGCUUGCAGUAGUUGAGAAGCAUACAUUAUUGAAGUCUGUGUAGGAAAGAUACUUUCCAUCCCGUCCCCCCUACAGGCUUAGUAUAUCAAGGUGGAGUUGCCUUGCGUUAGGCACGGAUCUUUCCCUCGAUACAUUUUUGGAGCCGCAGUAGUGAGCUGUUAGCACUGUCACUUUCUUAUUUGACCGUUUCGACCGUUUUCCUACGACUAUAUACUUCAACUAAUGUACUUCCAUCUCGCAUUAAUGUAGACCACAUACUUUUCGAGAUGCAGCUUCCCUCUCCUGAGAUCCUCGCCUCUUGGCCAGUCCCGAAUUAUGACGACCCUAUAACGCGAGGGUGUGGAGUUUUAAUCGUCACCGCAAUAUUAUUACCUCUAGUUCUAUCCCUAAUAUUCAUCAGGCUCUACACUCGACUGGUAAUGUCAAAGAGUUUCGGAUUAGAUGACUGGCUCAUACUUGCAGCAAUGCUGCCAUCGACAACAUUUGCUUUCCUCGCCAUUCUCGCAGAGAAAAAGUUUCACUUCAAUCGACAUAUAUGGGAUGUUGAAUUCAAUCGGGUUACCUUUGGUCUACAAUACGUUAUAAUCACACAAAUCGUUUUCACUCUUGGACAAACUCUCACAAAAUGUUCUAUGUUGGCAUUAUAUUACCGAAUUCUAUCAAGCGGGCGAAGGUUCAAGAUGAUGACCAUUGUGGCUUCCAUUAUAAUCGCCGUUCAAGGCCUUGUAUUUAUCAUCGUUACUAUUUUCCAAUGCCGACCACCCUCUCAUUUCUGGCUUAUAACGUUCGCUCCUCAGCCAGAAUGCAUCGAUGAAACUCUUCAUAUCACGAUUGCUGGAACCAUAAAUACCGUGACUGACUGUAUCGUCGUUUUAUUCCCAAUCCCGAGAAUGCUACAAUUGCAGAUCUCUCAUCGUCAACGGCUCAUCAUUAUUUUCCUCUUCGGCGCCGGAUUUCUCGUCUGUGUAGCUGGGGCUGUGAGAACAUACUACACUUAUGUAGAGUUGAUUUCACCGGAUAUGACAUGGGACACUUAUUAUGUUUGGAUAAGUGGUACCGUUGAGCUUUAUGUUGGCAUAAUUGGAGCGUCCGUUCCUCCCACGAAACCUUUCUUCACACGUUACAUACCUUUUAUCCUUCCCCGCUCUUUACAUUCCAGCCGAAAUGAGCACUAUGCCAUCUCCUCAGCGGACAAGGGACCGUUCUCAGGAUCCACAACAGUCGCUACUCCAAGAGCCUCUCGUACCUCACGCAAACUCUCACGUGACGAUCUUGAACUAGGUGAUGUUCGAGAGCGAGAACUCAGAUCAACAAGACGCUCAAGGAAUCUGGAUGCAAUUGAAGAGAUUGGAAGUGAUGCCAGCAUUUCGAGUUUUAUGAGAAUGGAUGAGGGGGAAAGGAGAAGGAGUAGUGAUGAAUUUAAAAGCGACGAAAACGAGAUAGGAAAGAGAGAUAGUGAUACGAGACCAAGAAGUGAGGAUACCUUUCGCUACACAACGAAUUCGAAAGAUGAAUCAAUCGAUGAAGGAGAUUUGGGUAUGGCGGCUCAUUACAAGCCGCGAUAUUCCGUGUGAAGAAUGGCGGACUUAGUAAAAUAGGAACGGAGUUUUUGAAAAGUUAUGUCUAUCUAAGGAGUCAAAGGGGCGUCAAGCGAACGGUUGGUUGAUGAAAAUACCCAUCUCUCUGAGAGAUUGAGCAAUGAGAUUCGAUUUUUGCAAUAAUAUCUGUAUAUAGUAUAGUUUUGUGCUAGGAACAAUACUCUAUAAUGUAAUUUUUUUUUAAAAAAAAAA